AUGGCGCGUCGAGAAGUGGAACUCCAACGCCAGGGCACCCAAUUUAUGAACGAAGCCCUAAGGGAAGCCUUCCCACAUAGGAGUACCGACGCCAUCAAGGGGAAGCGGCGAGCACCGGCGUACCGCGCUCUCGUGGCGCAACUCGCCGAGGAAGAACUAGGCCGACCAGCAGCACAUCCGCAGCCACCACCACCACCAUCGCCGCUGCCACCUCCUCCGGCGCCUCCUGAGUCGCCGGGACCGCCUCACCACGUGUGGCAUCCUCGACCCGGACCACCAACGUCGCAGUCAAAUCCGCCGCCCGGGCCCACAACCAGCCGGGAUGGACAGCAAGCGGACCCGCGGCCGGGACCAUCAACGGCCGCCAACCCGCCGCCCGGACCUUGGACCAGAUCCCAGGCGAGACGACUAGCGGACCGAGGACAACCUGGGAGACGACCAUCGCCACCUACCAGCAGCCAGCAGCCGGCCCCUACCCAGCCACCGGACGAGGAUCGACGUCUCGUGGACGCCCUCCUCGAGUGGGUCCGCGAGGACCUACCGGACCAUUCAGCAGCGCUGGACCUACAGGACAUCUGCCGAGACGCCGUAACCACAUCGAAGGACACGAUCCUCCUGCGUCUGGGGUUACUUCUGACCCGUUACUUCCCGGGGCAGCCAGCUCGAAUGCCUCGCAGACCACCUCAGGAACGGGAAGCGGCCACCUCGAGGCAGCGCAGAAGGGCAGCCUACGCGCGCAUCCAGCGCGAAGCCGAACUACCCUCCCUGCCCGAUUACCCCUGCGAAUUCCCAGGGUGGGAGCGGGUCUUCACCAGCGCAACAGGCCGAGGAGUCCACCACCGCAGGGCGCAUGCAGACUGGUACGACAGGCGUACCGUGGCGGCCAUUCAACACCAUCGAGCGCCCUGGACGGAGGAGGAGAUCACCAUCAUGGCCACCAGGGAAGCAGAGUUUGUCAUGUUACAGAUCCGCCACCUCAACAUGGAACUUCACUAG